AUGGGCACUUUGUGUGUGCAAUCGUUCCAGCAUCCUUUUAUGGUACGGGAGAGACCGGAGUCGUCGGAGAAUCAGUACUUCUUGAUGAAUAUCAGCUUUGUGACUGAUCCGAAUUAUGGGGGUCCUGCCUCCUUGCUCCAUCUUCAAACCGGUGACUUACUGAGGGAGAAGCCAAUUGUGUCGAGGACUGUCAUUGAAGGCGCGCUUUCUAGCUUGCGUGUUCCGUGCCGGUAUCACCAUUCCGUUGUAGAAAAAAUACUAAGCGAUGCAAAGGCAAGUGCCAAAGCCAAGGGUUUGAAUUUGUGGGUUAAAGUCUACAUGGAUAUUUAUGGUCUUGGUCAUUCUGACAUGGAGGAGGAGGGCACAUAUUCGGACACGGAGGAUGACAUGGAUUCGGAUACGGAGGAGGAUGACAUGGAUUCUAACAUGGAGGAGGAGGAGGAGUCUGUUUUCUGUUCCGUUUGUAACGAGGAGAUUGUGGUUGGUUCCGAAGAAACUCGUAUCCCAUGUACGCACAUGUACCAUAGAGAUUGCAUUGUCAGGUGGCUGCAAAGUAGUUAUUGCCUACCGUGUAGGUAUGGUAUAAGCCAGCAGUUGAUGAAGCCUGAAUAA